AAAGUCGUCGCUGGUUACGCGUUGCAACAGAAGCUGGGCUCCGGCUCCUUCGCUACCGUUUAUAAGGGUGUGCGCUUGUCGCAGACUCCCACAAAUGUCGCUGAAACGGUCGCCAUUAAAGCCAUUACGAGGACUUCCGAAAAACUGACCAAAAAGGUGCUGCAAAACUUGGAAAUUGAAAUCUCCAUCCUGCGAACCUACCGGCACCCCAACAUUGUGUGCUUACACGAUGUGCAAAAGACUGCGCGGCAUUUUUAUCUCAUUUUGGAGUACUGCGCUGGUGGCGACCUGCAGGGCUUGAUACGUCGCCGAAAAACGGGGCGUCUUUCCGAGGGACUUACCCGGCGCUUGAUGCGCGAUUUGUCCGCCGGCCUCAAAUUUCUCUGGGGACAGGAACUCAUCCAUAGGGAUAUUAAGCCGCAGAAUUUAUUGCUGACCAGCGGCUUACCUUUGGAUGAAAAGUUUGGCUUGAAGAUUGCGGAUUUUGGCUUUGCUCGACAUCUCCAGACCACGUCGCUGGCAGAGACCCUGUGUGGGUCGCCCCUUUACAUGGCGCCCGAAAUCCUGCAACAUCACCGGUACGAUGCGAAGGCCGAUCUCUGGAGUGUCGGUACGGUUCUUUUUGAAAUGAUUUGCGGACGUCCACCAUUCAAUGGCGAGAAUCACAUUGAUCUGUUGCGCAACAUUCAGCGUAAAGCGGUCCGUCUUCCACCAGACGUGCGGGUGAGCAAGGAAUGUGUCAACUUGUUGCGACUCCUUCUAAAUCGAAACCCG